UCCAGUCUUAAGGGCGAUCCUUAAGCCGACCAGGCGAAGGACUGCGCGCAUUGUCUACGCAGGCGCUCCUCUUCCGCCGCCUGCGAUCCCCAAAGGCGGAUCCUCGAUUUCUUUAAGUUUCUUCUUCCUCUCGCCCUCCUCCCCCCGCCUCAAUUUUUGUCCCUUUUCUUUUUCUCCCCUUUUUUUGAAAUUCUCCUGGCCAGGUCCCCCGGCCCCCCGUCACCAUUUCUCCCCCGGGGAGGCCACGUGUCCAGCCCCUCCAGCGGCUGAGCAUCGGCCGGAAAACUUUGAUCGCCGCGGCCAUCGGGGUGGUGAUGAUCCUGAUCCUGGUGAUCCUCAUCCCGGUGCUGGUCAGCUCGGUGGGCAUCGACGGGCACUACGAGAUGCUGGGCACCUGCCGCAUGGUUUGCGACCCCUACCUGGGCAAGCCCGCCUCCACCACCAGCGCCAGCGGCAUCCGGGGCGAGGGGGGCGAAGGGGGGCUCAGCAGCAGCAGCGACCACAGCGGGGCGCCCCCUCCGUCCACUCUGGUGCAGGGACCUCCAGGCAAGCCGGGGCGGCCGGGCAAGCCGGGCCCGCCGGGAGAGCCGGGUCCGCCAGGGGCCAGGGGGGCCCCGGGGGAGAAGGGGGACCCGGGAAAACCGGGGCCUCCUGGCUUGCCCGGGUCGGGGCUCGGCCACGGGGCCAUCAGCACGGCCACCUACACCAUGGUGCCCCGCGUGGCCUUUUAUGCCGGCCUCAAGAACCCGCACGAGGGCUACGAGAUCCUCAAGUUCGACGACGUGGUGACCAACUUGGGCAACAACUACGACUCCACCACGGGGAAGUUCACCUGCAACAUCCCCGGCACCUACUUUUUCACCUACCACGUCCUGAUGCGCGGCGGCGAUGGGACCAGCAUGUGGGCGGACCUCUGCAAAAACGGGCAGGUGCGGGCCAGUGCCAUCGCGCAAGAUGCUGAUCAGAACUACGACUAUGCUAGCAACAGUGUCAUCCUACACCUGGAUGCUGGCGACGAGGUUUUCAUCAAGCUGGAUGGGGGCAAAGCCCAUGGGGGCAACAACAACAAAUAUAGCACCUUUUCAGGCUUCAUCAUCUAUUCAGACUGAGGGCUAUCUGCAGCCACGCUGGUUCCCAGCCCCCUGGAUUUCUAUAUGCGGCAAAGUCAGCUGCAGAAUUCACCUCCACCCACAUCUUUGCACACUGACAGUCUCCCUCACCGGGUGCAGGAAUGCGGUGGUUAGGUCCCUGUUGCCCUUUCCCCCUAGGGGGCACUGUAGAGGAACAACAGAUGAUUUAAGUCAACCACCAUUUCUGUCUCUUUUUCCUUCCAUGCAUUUCUA